AUGGCUCAAGUAGCUCAAUUAGGUAAAUUGCCUUGUCAAAUCCUUCUGGCAUUCCAAGUCCUUCCUUCCGACAGAAAAAAUUUUUCCUUCCGACAGAAAAAGUUUUUCCUUCCGACAGAAAAAAUUUUUCCCGACGACAAGAAAAAAUUUUCCAGUUGUCCGUCCGUAAACCAUUCAAAUUUUCGAAAAUUGAGAACUUUUUGGUCGAACUUCAGAAAAAGUUUUUCCUUCCGACAGAAAAAGUUUUUCCUUCCGACAGAAAAAGUUUUUCCUUCCGACAGAAAAAGUUUUUCCUUCCGACAGAAAAAGUUUUUCCUUCCGACAGGACACAAACGGAUGACUGACGUUCCUCUUCCUGAAUGCCUUCCAAAGCCAGAAGAACCGACAGCCCCAGCACCACAACAGACUUACUAA